AUGAGUGCCGAGGCGUACCAGUACAGAGCACUGUAUGACUAUAAAAAGGAGCGGGAAGAAGAUAUUGACUUGCACUUGGGUGAUGUAUUGACAGUGAAUAAGGGGUCCUUGGUAGCUCUUGGAUUCAGUGAUGGACAGGAAGCCAGGCCAGAAGAAAUUGGCUGGUUGAAUGGCUACAAUGAAACCACAGGGGAGAGAGGGGACUUUCCAGGAACUUACGUAGAAUAUAUUGGAAGGAAAAAAAUCUCACCUCCCACCCCAAAGCCCCGGCCACCUCGACCCCUUCCUGUUGCACCAGGUUCUUCGAAAACUGAAGCAGAAAGUGAGCAGCAAGCUGUGGCCCUUCCGGACCUUGCAGAACAGUUUGCCCCUCCUGACAUUGCUCCGCCUCUUCUUAUCAAGCUAGUAGAAGCCAUUGAAAAGAAAGGUCUGGAAUGUUCAACUCUAUACAGAACACAGAGCUCCAGCAACCCCGCGGAACUACGACAGCUUCUCGAUUGUGAUGCCGCCUCCAUGGACUUGGAAACAGUUGAUGUUCAAGUUUUAGCAGACGCUUUCAAACGCUAUCUCUUGGACCUGCCGAACCCUGUCAUCCCAUUAGCCGUUUACAAUGAGAUGAUUUCUUUAGCCCAAGAAGUUCAAAGCUCAGAAGAAUAUAUCCAGCUGUUGAAGAAGCUCAUUAGGUCACCUAACAUACCUCAUCAGUAUUGGCUUACGUUUCAGUAUUUGCUCAAACAUUUCUUCAAGCUCUCCCAAAGCUCCAGCAAAAACCUUCUGACUGCGAGAGUGCUCUCUGAACUUUUCAGCCCUCUGCUUUUCCGAUUCCCAGCAGCCAGUUCUGAGAGUACUGAACACCUCCUAAAAGUUGUAGAAAUCUUAAUCUCCACAGAAUGGAACGAACGACAGCCUGCACCAGCACUGCCUCCUAAACCACCAAAACCCACUACUGUAGCCAACAACGGUAUGAAUAACAAUAUGUCCUUACAAGAUGCGGAAUGGUACUGGGGAGACAUCUCUAGGGAAGAAGUGAAUGAAAAACUUCGAGACACAGCCGACGGGACCUUUUUGGUACGAGACGCGUCUACUAAGAUGCACGGUGAUUACACUCUGACACUAAGGAAAGGAGGAAAUAACAAAUUAAUCAAAAUAUUUCACCGAGACGGGAAAUAUGGCUUCUCUGACCCAUUAACCUUCAACUCUGUGGUUGAAUUAAUAAACCACUACAGGAAUGAAUCUCUAGCUCAGUACAAUCCCAAGCUGGAUGUGAAAUUACUUUAUCCAGUGUCCAAGUACCAACAGGAUCAAGUUGUCAAAGAAGAUAAUAUUGAAGCUGUAGGAAAAAAAUUACAUGAAUAUAACACUCAAUUUCAAGAAAAAAGUCGGGAAUAUGAUAGAUUAUAUGAGGAUUAUACCCGUACUUCCCAGGAAAUCCAAAUGAAAAGAACAGCUAUUGAAGCAUUUAAUGAAACCAUAAAAAUAUUUGAAGAACAGUGCCAAACCCAGGAGCGCUACAGCAAAGAGUACAUAGAAAAGUUUAAACGUGAAGGCAAUGAGAAGGAAAUACAAAGGAUUAUGCAUAAUUAUGAAAAGUUAAAGUCUCGAAUCAGUGAAAUUGUGGACAGCAGAAGACGGCUGGAGGAAGACUUGAAGAAGCAGGCAGCUGAGUAUCGGGAGAUUGACAAACGCAUGAACAGCAUCAAACCAGACCUCAUCCAGCUGAGAAAAACCAGAGACCAAUAUUUGAUGUGGCUGACUCAGAAAGGUGUGCGGCAGAAGAAGCUGAACGAGUGGCUGGGCAAUGAGAACACUGAGGACCAAUAUUCGCUGGUGGAGGACGACGAGGAUUUGCCGCACCACGACGAGAAGACGUGGAAUGUGGGCAGCAGCAACCGAAACAAAGCUGAGAACCUGCUGCGAGGGAAGCGCGACGGCACUUUUCUCGUCCGGGAAAGCAGCAAACAGGGCUGCUACGCCUGCUCCGUGGUGGUGGACGGCGAGGUGAAGCACUGCGUCAUCAACAAAACGGCGACUGGCUAUGGCUUUGCCGAGCCCUACAACCUGUACGGCUCCCUGAAGGAACUGGUGCUCCAUUACCAGCACACCUCCCUGGUGCAGCACAACGACUCCCUCAACGUCACACUAGCCUACCCAGUGUAUGCACAGCAGAGGCGAUGAGGCGCGGGCCCUGCGACCCUCCUCCUGAAGUUCAGCCACCCUGAGGCCUCUGGAAAGCACAGGGCUCCUCUCCAGCCUGCCCUGCGAAUUGAGCUGCGGAAACCCCAAGCCGUCUGUCUCCAAAUGGGACUGGAGCCUUCGACAAAAGCAGUAGGGGAAGACGUGCAGCCUAGCACUGUGUGAUGACCAGACGCUUCUCAUCUGGAGUGCUUAUCCUUCCUUCCUUUCCUUUUUAAAAAAAAAUUUUGGGUUAAUUUAAAGCCACCACAACACACAACACAAAGAGAAAAAGAAAUGCAAAAAUCUCUGCGUGCAGGGACAAAGAGGCCUUUACCCAUGGUGCUCGUUAAUGCUUUAUGAAGCUUUACCAGCUCGAAGUUGGGACCUUGUACACCAGAGAGUGGAUGGGGCUGGGGAGCCCUGGCCCGGGAGCGCUGGGCCCCAGCUGGUCUGGCCUGGGGUUGCUGUGUGCGGUGGACCCAGGCACUUACGGAGUAUUUCGGUUCCCAGCAGACGAACGGUGUGUAGCGGAAGGGCCCUUUGGCUCACAAGGGACACUUCGGGAGAACGCCGGCUCACGUCUGUUCAGAGGAAAUUCCGUGGUAGCAAAGUGCCAGAAGGCGUUUUGUUUAAACUUUUCAACAAAAAACAAAACCCACCAACGGAAAAAAUGGAACUUAGAAAAGAGGACUUAAAAUGACACUUUCAGUAUAUAAAAUAUGUACAUAAUGAUGACUAUCAAAUAGAUGGAUUUGUAUCAAUACCAAAUAGCUUUUGUUUUGUUUCGCUGAAGGCUAAAUUCACAGUGCUAUGCAAUUCUUAAUUUUCAUUACGUCGUUCUCUCAAUUUUCAAUGUACGUUCUUCAGAAUAAGCUUCCCCUACCCCACUUUUUGUUGCUUGAAAAUACUGUUGACCCUGGUUUUUGUGUUAAUAUUCAUUUUGUUAUUUUUACUUUUUUUUUUAAGAAGAAAUGUACAGGAUGCCAGUUUAAAAAAAAGGCUUCAGAAUUAAAACUAUGAAAUAUUUUACAGUUUUUCUUGUACAGAGUACUUGGCUGUUAGCCCAAGGUUAAAAAGUUCAUAACAGAUUUUUUUGGACUAAAUGUUUUGUUGGGCAGUGCCUGAUAAGCUUCAAAGCUGCUUUAUUCAAUAAAAAAAGAGAAAGAUAUAUGAAUAUGACAAAGUAUCACUGAGUUCAACAAUGUUGUUUCAAGACUCUUAAAAAUACGGUACCUGGCAAGUGUGUGUUUCGUAAAGAAUUGUGAACUUCUUGAAUCUAGGGAGGGGAUGUAGCUAAGGGAUGUACAGGCGGGGUGGGGGGUGGCGUGGUGGAAUGCACUUUCUCUUUCUCGUGAUUGGAGAAGAAGUACCUAACUGCAAAGUGAAGUUGCUUAGACUUCAGUCUUUCCCACUUCGAUCUGCUACUUAUUAUCCAUUAUGACGAUUAUGAUUAUGAAUCUACUAGGGCUCUAACACAGUGUAGCUGGUCAGAUAUUUUCGGUUCUUAGGAAGGAAGGAAGGCUCCCAGAGCAAGCGUCCCACCUUUGUUUGGAACGUGAGUUCAAGGUAUACUUGCUACAUUUAGAAAAUAUGUCUCUUUUUAACUUUAGACUACCAUGACAACCAACAUUCAUUUUAGAAAAAGCAUGAUCUGAAAAAAAAAAGAUUUUUAUCUGGCUAUUUGUUAUUUUCCUAGCUUUCCAUUCAUGUUAAAUCAUAAAGCAUACAGGCAUGGUUGUUAACUGUUUCUGCUCUGGGCUGUGUGGAGCUUGUGAAAGGACCAUUUCAGGAAUCCUAGCAACAGUCCUCACUCAUCUGAGUGAUCGCAGGAUGCCUGCUUCACUGCGGGGAAAACGGGGACGGGGGCUGCUAGAGUCAUCUCCGGGAUUUAGGGCCGGCGCAGGGGGAGGGCUCCGCGAUGCACAUGUGGAGAAGCCUUUCCGCUCAGUGGACGUUGUGUACGCAUCGGGAGGAAUGAAUACGGGAGAGUUACAAUCAUGGUCACUACGCUGGUAGAUUAAAAUGGAAUCUUACAAUUUCAGUUUUUCUUUCUGAACAUUAGAUUCACUCACACUUAUUCUCUUUCCUUCAAAUAUUGGGGUUGAGGGGCUUUUUUUUUAAUGUUCCUUUUAAAAUUCUUUUGAAAGACUCCGUCUAGCAGUUGUAGACUUAGUCGAUUGUAGAAUGUAUUUUUUUCUCUUUACAUGAAGCUACUCAUCAAGAGCAAUAGUCUCACAGCAGACGGUCAGCCCUCAAACUUGACUGUGCAGAUCUGACAUCUCCCUCCCUUCUGUAGACGGUUGAGGAUGCUCCUGGUUUGAGUCUGUGAGUGUCUGGUUUAAAGCCAUCCUUCCACAUCACACGGAGGUCUAACAGGGAAUACUAGUUCAUAAACUACGGUGGUUGUUUUGUUUUUGUGGUAGCACAUCCAUGUAUGCUAGUAAGUAUAAAUAUUUUUCAUUUAAUUUCUAAAAUAUUAGAUCUAAGGUGGAAUAUUUCAUUAAUCAUUACAUUUCAUAAAAAGUUUCGUGUUUUUCCUUCGACAUUUCACCAGAUGACAUGGUAUCAAGCAUCUGCCUUAUUUUUGCAUCUCACAAGCACAAAUGGUAGAUCCGCUCUGAACUGCAAAGACAGACUCCUGACUCCCUGUAACAGUGCAUCACACCACACCCGUGAUGUCACACCUUGGCCAGGUGCCUUGAGCGCAUGUAGUGUGCCCACCACCUGUGUCCUUCUAGACGUUUGACCAGCAGAGCUCCCUGGGUCCCUUUGGACAGUCGUCCCCAGGAAACGCUGUCUCGCGGCUCACCAGUACGAACAGAUACAGCACAGGCACACGACCACAUGCUCCUGCCCGGGCAUCGAUUUUCCCCACCCAAGAGAGACCACCUCCCACAGGUGAGAGCCAGAGGCCGAGCUGCAGAGGGGCCGUGACGGGGCUGUGGAGGUGGGAGCAUUAGGACCCGACAUUAGACAGGAGAGAAAAAUUGUAACCACGUAAAAAGGCAAAAAGCAUGUAUUUGCAACAUCUGACAACUUCACAGCCCUCAAUAUAUGUAUAUAUGUAUAUGUGCAUGGACUGUGUUUCCAGUACACCUUUCAGCCAAAACAGAUCCACAGUCGUUGAGUUCAAGUGCAUAACAAGCAAAUGUCUAGUAAAGUUCUUGUAUAUGUGUAUGGGUUGUUUCUUUCCUGUGAAUUUGCUUUGUUUUGUCUUAUAAAGGUGAAAAUUGUUUGCAAGUGAAGUGAGAAGUUCAUGAUUCUUUGGCUUUUAUUUUCCCUGUUUUUAAAAGUUAUUCCUUUUGAGAAGCUAGUCCAGAUGACUCGCUUACUUUGGAAACCCUUGUUUUCAAUGUGUCAAGUCAAAAUGUGUUUCUGUGAGCUGUCACUGUAGGGAACCAAUUGCUUUGUCAAAUAGCUGGUGAUGAAGUAGUAACGUGUUUGGGAAGUCCUACUGAUGUUCCUUAUUGGGAGAAAAUUCUGCUGGUUUUAACAACUGUGCUUUUGCUAUGCAUGGUAUCCAGGUCAGCUGGGAAGCAGACCCUGCAGUCCGAGUUCAGGGUCACUUAGGAAAGGGGCAGUUUAAAGCACAAUGCCUCACACAGGACAAAGUUCCAAAAUGCCAAAUUCUUAUUUUUUAAAAACCUAGUUAUGUAAAAUACUAGUAUGAGUGGGGAGGGAACAGAAUUGGGUUCAUUGGAAACACUAUCCAAACUUAACAUUAAACUUGCCACCAUGAGAUAGCAUUAGCUACCCAGGAUGCUGCUAUUAAAAAAAAAGGAAAACUCAUUUAUAUGUGUGUAUUUUUUAAAGCUACAAUCUGUUCGAUGUUUUUACAAAUCUGUUUAUAUGACAUUGUUAAAAUAAAGUUGGUCUUUUGACGAGAGGGAGGAUGUGAUGGUCAGUGGUAAUUUUGCCUUCACAAGGCAGCGGGGGUGGGGGUGGGGGAGUGUGCCUCCUUGACAAUUGGUUCAAGCUAUAGAUUUAAUGGAGCUACGUCUUGUUGUUUUAAGUUGCUUUAAUGCAUUGUAUUAGGUCUUCAAACAGAAUAAAGGUUGUUUUGAAACUUAA